CUUGAGGAUCGAGUCGGAGAUGCCACUGGUAGCGUUCACCACUCUGGCCCAUAGAGGAGGUACUUUGUACAAUACACAGUAAGAACGCAAUUGUGCGGCUCAGUAGCAAUCUACGACGAAGGAGUUGGGUGCAUUCGGCUGCCAUGGACGAUCCAGUGCACGAGAUUAGUGGCAUUGUCCACCGGCUCACCGAAGGCACGCCGAAGCAACAGGAAGAGGCCAUCAAUCGAUAUUUCGUUCCCAAUGCCGCCUUCAUCCACCCCUUCUGUCGUACGGGGAGUUUCGAGGGCAGCCGCCUACUCAUACAUGCCAUCUUCCGCUGGUACAAGAUCAUGAGUCCCAUCGUCGAAUCGCACGUGAACGGCGUUGCGUACGACGAAGCGAACAUGGUCCUCUUCGUCUCCAUUUCACAAGUCUUCGCUAUCUGGUUCAUCCCCUUCCAUCGAUCACCAGUCAACCUCACCACCAGACUGCAGCUGACGCACAAACCCAGCGUGAGUAAGCCAAGCGUCCCGACGAAGUACUACAUAGAGGAACAGAACGACCUCUAUCAGGUCGAAGAAUUCGUCAAGUUCUUUGCGCCGUGGGGGGUUGGAACCUUCUUCGUCCACCUAUGGCACUUCUGGGCGACCUUUUUCUGCGUCGCGCUAGCUUUGAUAUUCAGUCCCGUGACACAGUUUGAGCAGCGUCGCGCAGACGGCAGGCUUACGGGCGUGGAGAAGAGGGUUGCUGAUGUGGUGGAGAAUAUCGAGGAGCGGAGGAUGCACGGUUACGGGAACGGUGCCCGCAACGGCAAUGACGAUGGCAAUGUCACUGGACGCGACAUCGUAGAUGGCAUUGACGAUAUGGCCAGCGAUGUCAAGAAGAAGGCUCUGGAUGAUAGCCGAGUCAAGAGCUUGAUGGGUUUCGGCGCCGAGCAGGGAGGUGGUGAGAAGGAUGGCCAGUUUGGCAACAUGCAGGUUGUGACUUGAAUGUGCAAUGUUGCAGACAGAUCGCAUAAGCAAGGAGCAUGCAUUGAUAUCAUGCCGAAAUAAUGCAUAUGCACUAAUGCUUUUAUGGAUACAGAUACCCCCAUGCACUCGCAAAUGUCUAAAGCUCAAGUGCUACAGCGAAUAACCGGUUAACAAGCAGAUCAUUGCCACUGCGCGCGGUACCUUCGCAAUAGUGGUCACGGUCUUGCUUGAGCGGGAUGCAGUUGCUGACCAGCAGGGACAUGGCAACUUAGGGCCACCUGCACCGUGGAGGCACAUGCGCAUCUCCGGCUGACGCAAGCCUACUCACAUGCAGAGCACUAUGCAAGCAUGACUAUGGCCUCUGGAGACAGCCUGCAUCGGUUUUUAUGUACUCCCUUCAAGCACGUCUCUACUGUUCCCGA